GCUGCGCAUGCGCGUUGGGUUCGGCGGCGGCGGCGCGGAGGAGCGCGGGCCCGGGACGCUGCGGGAAGGCCGCUGGUGUGUCUGUCCGUGUGUCCGGCCGUCCGUGUGUCCGGCCGUCCGUGUGUCCGGGACCGUGCGCUCCCGCCGCCUCCAGCCCUCAGCGCUCCCGCCGCCUCCAGCCCUCAGCGCUCCCUCCCGGGGCGGGCCUGCUGCCCCUGCCGCCGCGGCACAGGGGAAGCCGGGGAGCGACGUGAGCAACCGCCAGGAUGAAGCUGGUGAGGAAGGACUUGGAGAAGGAUAAUGCGGGGCAGGUGACGCUGAUCCCCGAGGAGCCCGAGGAUAUGUGGCACACCUACAACCUGCUGCAGGUGGGUGACAGUCUGCGCGCCUCCACCAUCCGCAAGGUGCAGACCGAGUCGUCCACGGGCAGCGUGGGCAGCAACCGCAUCCGCACCACCCUCACCCUCUGCGUGGAGACCAUCGACUUCGACUCGCAGGCCUGCCAGCUGCGGGUCAAGGGUACGAACAUCCAAGAGAACGAGUACGUGAAGAUGGGCGCCUACCACACCAUCGAGCUGGAGCCCAACCGGCAGUUCACCCUGGCAAAGAAGCAGUGGGACAGCGUGGUGCUGGAGCGCAUCGAGCAGGCCUGCGACCCGGCCUGGAGCGCCGAUGUGGCAGCCGUGGUCAUGCAGGAAGGGUUGGCUCACGUCUGCCUGGUCACCCCGAGCAUGACGCUYACUCGUGCCAAGGUGGAGGUGAACAUCCCCCGCAAGCGGAAAGGGAACUGCAGUCAGCACGACCGGGCGCUGGAGAGGUUUUACGAGCAGGUGAUGCAAGCCAUCCAGAGGCAUAUCAACUUUGAGGUGGUGAAGUGUGUACUGGUGGCGAGCCCAGGCUUCGUGCGGGAGCAGUUUUGUGACUACAUGUUCCAGCAGGCAGUCAAGACUGACAACAAACUUCUGCUGGAGAACAGGUCCAAGUUCCUACAGGUCCACUCUUCCUCAGGACAUAAAUAYGCACUAAAGGAAGCACUCUGCGACCCAGCUGUAACUAGCCGACUUUCUGACACUAAGGCAGCUGGUGAAGUCAAAGCCUUAGAUGACUUCUAUAAAAUGCUACAGCAYGAGCCUGACCGGGCUUUUUAUGGCCUGAAACAUGUGGAGAAGGCCAACGAAGCCAUGGCCAUUGAUACCCUGCUGAUCAGCGAUGAGCUUUUUCGGCACCAGGAUGUGGCUACCCGUGCCCGAUAUGUUAAAUUGGUAGAUAGUGUACGGGAGAACAUGGGCACGGUUCGUAUUUUCUCCAGCCUCCAUGUGUCUGGAGAGCAGCUGGGCCAGCUGACAGGGGUGGCAGCCAUCCUGCGCUUUCCUGUCGCUGAGCUCUCUGACCAGGAAGAUGAAUCUAGCUCUGAAGAGGAUUGAUUACAGUGACCUCAUUUUACACUUUCUUUUCUAUUUCAUGUUGAAAUGACGUUAAAGGCCCUCCUCUAUACUGUGUGCAGAUGUACCAUGAUAUGUAAUAAUAAGGUUUUGAUAGUAAACAUAAACAUGCAUAUAACUCUGCUCAGCGCAGAGUCUAUGGUAGUAAUCAUUGGUAUGCUGUGCUGAAGCUGACUGCUUUUGUAAGUUACAUUCUGGACUACCAGCAGUACAAGAAACUAAUUUGGCUCUGCAGUCUCAUGCUGCUUAGUCUACAUGUUAAGGCAGACUGCUAUCUUAGUGAAAUAUGUAAGAAAAAAUAGUGAACUAACAGGGACAAAUUCACUUUCGACUAUUUCUGUUCAAAGAGUCUGUUUGAAAAGAGUAUUGCAAAACAAAUGUAAACUUCUUWAUGGAAGACCUGUCAAAACUGUUCUUGAUCUUGAUAGGAAUUCCCUAUUCUUCUUAAGAUGUGUUAGGAAUGGGGUCAACAUCAUCUCUUAAGGCUUUGUGUGGUGUUACMAGUCUAAGCACUAAAAUAUUUCUGUGAAACACUUGAAGCAGUCUUUCAGAAGCCAGAUCCUUGAAGUUAACCAUUUCUUCACUAGCAUGAUAGUAAAUGCAGGACAAAUGAUGAAUCUCAGUGCAUUCAGKUUUGUAUGCUGUUGUCUUGGGAGAUUAUCCUGAAGACUAACAAGAUSUCAUUGACUGCAUUCUGCUCAAUUGGCAUUAUUUAGCACUCAGUUCUGAGAAAAUAUAUGAAAAGGCUUAGAAAAUCAGGACUUUAGUUUCCRGAAGGAAUCUUUUGAAAGCAAAUAGUUUAGGUAAGUUCAUAAUCGGGUAUUGUUCUAUUUGCAUAUCUCUUAUAAAAGCACAUGUAUGCUGUGAUAUGGAAAUAAAGAUUAUAAAUUAAAAUUAYAAAUCAAACAUCAUCUUAGGAUUGUGGCAACUAUAAAAGUGAAAAUUACCUUUUCAAUUAUUUGAUAUGCUCAAAGUAUUGAAAACCACAAAGACUUUAUUUCUUCACUGAGCAGUAAACCUUAGGCUGAGGAYGCAAAAAGAGCUUUCAGGUUCAGACAUAACCUGUGGAUGUAUUGUUUCAAACCAGUGUUUGAUGAUGUGUAAAUUWAAAAAAAUUAAAACAAGUAUGUGAUGGCUUAUGUGUGUAAAUAGGCAUUCCUUUUUUGAAUGUGGUAGAAGGUGAGAACAGGAACCACAGAAGUAAUAUGGAAAAUGUUGUAACAGUGGAACGUAAAACAAUAGAACCAUCAAAAUUCCUCGUCUGGGUAGAACAGUUUUAGGAAAAUAAUUUUUAAGGGUAGUCCCCAAUGUUCAUGGUGCCAAUCCGCUGAAUUUAAUA